AUGCUCAAGGCCGUGCUCCUCGUUUCGGUGCUGCUGCUCGCUGCUGCUUCUCUGCCUCGGGCGCAGUCGCAAAAUGGCUCACUGGCCGUAGGGCAGUCUUUGCAAGUUGGGCAAACACUAGUUUCAGCACAAGGUAUUUUUGUGUUGGGUUUCUUCACAAUUGGGGCCAACACAUAUCUAGGAAUAUGGUACAAUUACAUGAAGCCUCAAACAAUCGUCUGGGUGGCAAACCGUGACAACCCAAUAAAGGGAGGCAAUGUAAGCCUUACCCUCAGCCAAAGCUCUCUUGACCUUGUGGAUACAAAGGAGAGGAUCCCUGUGGUCAAGUGGCACACUCAACACCAACAGUCCACAGGCCUUCCUUCUCGACACUGGUACGACACGUCGGUGGCGAAUAAUGGCUUGUUGCAGCUCAAAUCAUGGAAGAGCGAAUCGGACCCGUCUUCUGGGGACUACACCAUCAGCAUGGAUCCGAGGCCACUGCCUGGGCUGGUCUUGCGCAAGGACACUGAGUUGCAGUACAGGACUGGCCCAUGGAAUGGCAAAGGCUUCAAUGGCCAGCCAUAUCUCAAGUCGACGAACGACGUGAUGUUCAACAUGAGUGUCCGCGAAAGUAGUGCAUAUUACUGGUUCACAGCCUUAAACACAUCAGUCCAGUGGCGAACUGUCCUGAUGCCAGAUGGCAUUGCCAAUCGCUCGUUCAGCAGCAGCCCUGACAACGAGUGGGUGGACUUCUGGCAUUGGCCUCAGUCUACAUGUGAUUCCUACGCGUUCUGCGGUCCGAACGCGGCUUGCUACAAUGCUGACUGCAAAUGUCUACCGGAGUUUGUCUAUACGUCACCGAACGAUUGGAUCCGGAGGAACUUCACCCGUGGCUGCAAGAGAAGUGCAUCGUUUUCUUGCUCCUCGGCUAAUGGGUUUCAGAAGUUGACACUUGUCAAGGUGCCUGACACACUGAACGCCACCUUGGUUCGGGGCAAGAGCUUCGAUGAGUGCAAGGAGUUGUGCUUAGGGAAUUGCUCAUGCAAUGCUUAUACCGUGCUUGGAGAGAGUGACUGUGUUGUCUGGUCAGGUGAUUUGGUCGAUACUGUUCAACUUGCCGAUGGGAUCAAUGAUUUCUACACUCGGACUUCCCAUAAUGAUGAUCCGUCUCGCUCAGCUAGACAAACUGCUAUCAUUGCUUCUGUCUCUGUUGUUGGAGGGCUGCUGCUUAUUUCUGCAUUGCUAGUAUUUUGUUAUCGGCGAAGCCAACGAAAGCAUUUACCGCUAGCACUUGAAUUGUUUGUAACAGAACAUGAGCAUGCACCAGGGUCUAAGCUUACAGCCAACCUUGAUUGGAGUUUAGAUCUGGAUGCUAUCAGAGUCGCCACCAACAAUUUGGCUGAACGAAAUAGUAUCAUCUCUACCCAAUCUAAGACCAUCUACAAGGGAACACUACCAAAUGUCGAUGAUUUGGCAAUCAAAAGAACAAACACAGAGGCGGGAGUUGAGGAGCUAAAAAAUGAGGUGAAAAUUCUUGCGAGGCUUAACCAUCCGAACAUCAUAAGGAUGAUGGGAUCCUGCAUAGGGAAUAACAACAACCUAAUAUGCUAUGAAUAUAUGCCCGGUGGUAGCCUUGAUGCAGUUCUUUUCGCUGAAGAUGAAAAGUACGGAGUGCUCCACUGGCCUUCACGUCUUCGCAUCUUGCAAGGAAUUUGUGAAGGAUUGCUAUAUCUGCAUGAGCAUUGCAGAAUCAUUCAUCGUGAUAUAGACCCUAGUAAUAUCCUACUUAGCGAUGACUUGAUCCCCAAAAUUUCAGACUUUGGUCUUGCAACUCUGCUUGAUCAAGGCCAGUCUGAAGGGAAGGCGGAGAGCUUCGAGGGAACACGUGCAUACAGCGCUCCUGAGUUGUUCCACCGCAAAUCGUACUCGGCGAAGUCCGAUGUGUACAGCUCUGGUGUACUACUUCUGGAUAUUGUAACAGGCUGCAAAGCGACAUCAUUUCGUAGAGAAGAUGCUGAUGACCUCCCUACAUAUGUUCGACAGCACUGGACUCAGGGAACUGCUGAGCAGUUAGAAGGAUCAAAGAAUGGGUGA